UUAUCAAUCACCAUAGAGGACCCAACACUUGAACAAAGAAAUGAAAUCUUGGAUUUGUUUAAAGGAUUGGCCAUUAAAUAUCCAAAAUCUAAUGCGAUUAAAUAUUUUCCUUUAAAUUAUGCCAUUGAUGUCACUUUUAGAACAAUGAUAGAUGAAUAUAUGCAAAUAGCUAUCCAGAAAGGUGUUCCUUCAUUAUUUAGUGGAACUACUGCCAGUGAUAUUCGAGAACCUCCAGCAGCAUAUUUUUGGACACUUUAUUUGCUUGCACAGCAUUACAACUACAAACAUGAUGUUGUAAAAGCUCUUAAAUUUAUCAAUAAAGCAAUUGAUCAUACACCUACUUUAGUUGAACUAUAUGACAAAAGGUCGUAUCCUCAAG